UUUAACCUAUAUGUAACCCUAACUCUCUUUGUUGAAACAUAGAGAGAGAGAGAGAGAGAGAGAGAAUGGUGGAGAUAUUGGAGUCAUGCUUAGUAGCUCCAAGUGAGGAGACCCCAAAGCAUGGGCUAUGGCUCUCGAACCUCGACCUCGCCGCGGCCCCGGGCCACACGCCGACGGUCUACUUCUACCGCCCCAGCGGUGACCACAACUUCUUUUCUGUGGAGGCGGUCAAGGCGGCGCUUUCUAAGGCCCUGGUGCCUUUCUACCCCCUGGCGGGCCGUCUCGGUGUCGGCCGGGACGGCCGCGUCGAGAUCGACUGCAACGCGGAGGGCGCGCUCUUCGUCGCGGCACGGUGCGAUUACACCGUCGACAGCUUCAGAGAGUUCGAGCCGUCGCCGGAGACGAGGAGGCUGUUCGUGCCGACCGCGGACUCCGCCGAUCCCCCCUUGGUCAUGCUCCAGGUGACAUUCCUAAAAUGCGGCGGGGUGGCCUUUGGAACUGCGAUGCACCACUUCGCCACCGACGGGCCCAGCGCUUUCCACUUCAUCCAAACAUGGGCCAGCCUCGCCCGUGGGGAGGCCGCCGACGCCCUCCCCCCGCCCUUCCUCGACCGCACCCUCCUCCGCCCCCGCUCCCCUCCCUCCGUCGUCUUCCACCACCCCGAAUACUCCCCCGACACAUUCUCCGCCCGCUCGACCGCGCCUUACGUCGCCGCAAUCCUCAAGCUCUCCAAAGGCCAGAUCGCGCUCCUCAAGAGCCGCGCCAGCGGCGGUGGUAGCGGCUACGCCGUGUCGACGUUCCGCGCGGUCACCGCCCACGUGUGGCGGUGCUUGUGCGUCACCCGGAAGCUCGCCCCGGACGCGCAGACGCGACUCUACCUGCCUGCUCAAAUUCGCAACCACGUAAAACCCCCACUCCCGCAGCACUACUUUGGCAACGCGUUGAUCCGCGUAUCGGCGGUCACGACGGUCACAGAACUUGUGAACGGCUCUCCGUCAUUCGCGGUCGAAAAGAUCAAGAGUGCCGUCGAUAAGGUAAACGAUGUUUACGUGAGGUCGGUCAUCGACUACUUGGAGCUGCAAGGCAAAAGAUGCAUGUCGGCGAGGAACGGAGUUAGGGAUACGGAUCUGUGGGCGAUCAGCUGGCUCGGGAUGCCGAUGUACGACGCCGACUUCGGGUGGGGGCUCCCGCAGUUCAUGGCGCGGGCGCAGCUCUACUCCAGCGGCUUCUUGUACGUGACGAGCAGCCCCGGGAAGGACGGCGGAGUGACGGCAGUGCUCGGAUUGGAGACCGAAAACAUGCACCGGUUCAAGGACUUGUUCUACGAGGAACUUUCAUGCUUGCAGUGUUAAAAAAAAAAAAAAAAAGAGAAAAAAAAAAAGGUUACAACAUUGCUGUGCUAGUUCCAAUUUGGGCUUGUUUCGAUGUCAGAACAAGUUAUUUAUCUGGUGAUAGCUUGUGUGUUACUUACGAGUUUAAUUUCGAGCUUACUAUGUAUCAAAAGUUUAAGAAUACUACAUUUUCAAUUGUUACUGAUUAAACCGAA